AUGGCUGAUUACAAAAAGAUUAUUCGGUCAUCUCACUUCACUUUCCUCGUCGGCCAGGAGCAGACUCCCUUGACAAUACAUUCUGCUAUUGUACAAAACAUCUCAGAGCCUUUGUAUGCCCUCAUCAACAAUGGCUUUAUGAAAGAGUCUACGAACGGGGUGGCGAUUCUCGAUGAUGUGGAAACAGAGACGUUCAUCGCGUUCUGUGAAUACGCCUACACCGGCGCCUACGUGACCCCAGAUAGAAAAGAAUCAUCCAAUAAUGCUUCCACGGAUGACCAGGAGAAUAUGAAACCCACCAUGGGGCCUCUACUGGACUUUAGCGCUCCUCAGCUGGAUGCAGAGUCAGAAGACACUUGGGGAUUUAGCCCCGCAACGAAGAAGAGCAAGUACAGGGGGAAAGGGGCAUAUUACGAUGGGACUAAAGCGAACUCGAAACAUAAGUCUGAACCUGUCCAGGUUGAUGUCGUCUACCCAGAUGAGGCGCUCUGGGCACAAUUUCGGUCACGGAGCUUCGGAGUCAAGUCUGCAUUGCGCGCUAUGGAUCCAGACAUCGUGUUUCAUGCUAAACUAUACGUCUUUGCGACGAAAUAUCUCGUUGAAAAAUUACGCCAACAGUGUCUGAAAUCACUCCAUCGUGAUCUCCGCCGUUUCUCCCUGAACCGUGAGAGUGCAUCUCUUGUCCUUGACUUACUUGAUUUCACUUACGCCAACACUGGGCGAUACGAACCCGGUGGGAAAUCUCCUCUCCGGGAUUUGGUUAUUCACUACAUUGCCUGCGAGGCACGGACACUGGGUGAUAACGAGAGAUUCACGGAGAUUCUGGACUCUAAUGCAGAGAUGGGGUCUGAUCUCGUUGCAAAACUGGUGAGAUAGAAUAAGGGAUUAGCCAUUCGUCGGGUUCGGGAACUGCUAUCGAG